CCGCGCCAGCUGGCCCGGAGCCCCAGGAGGGAGAGAGGGCGGAGGAAGGGGAGGAAGAGGGGAAGAAGGAGGAGGAGGAGAGGAGCAGUCAGCAGGCCCGAGGAGGCAGGACUUCCUGGUGUGGGGGUUGUCAACAGCCCAGAAAGAGGGAGACAGUGAGACCGAACCAAAAGGAGCCGAGCGGCGAAGGGACCCAUUGGUGCCACGCGGGAGGCGACUAGAGAGACCCGCUCGCCCCGACCACCGAAGUGGCUCCACCUGCAGGACCAGGGGGUGAGCCGCCCCGCCCGCAUCGGCCCCGAGACGCUUGGGGCUUCCGAGGCCGCGCCUGGGCUCCACCAAGGAGGCGGGGGUUCCUUCUCUUUCCGGAGCGCAAACUUUCCACGGAGAUGCCUUGCGGGGCGAGGUGCGGCCCCCGAAGCGGACUGGGCCGUCUCUAAGCGCCGCCGGCGCCCCCCGCGCUGCUGGGGCCCAGAGGCCCCGGGGAACGACAGCCCGACAUCUUAGGCGGCCGGACCCCCGGCCCAGCUUGUUGGCCGAGGCCGAGAGUUUGCAAACUCAGCUCUGGAGUUCGGCAGCGACAGCAGCAGGAAAAACCUGCCCCUGCCCCCCCUGCUCGCCGCCUCCCCUCCCCUGUUCUCCCCUCACCAGCCAGGCACCCCCAGUUCCUGCCGGGCCCUCCCACCAUGUCGGACCCAGACGUCCCCAGGGGCCCCGAUGUCCCCGCCAUGUGGCUCCCCUGUUCUAGGGGUGCCUGAGCCCCUUCGAAGAGCCACUACCGCCCCGCCCCCCGCCCACUUUGGCCCCAUCCUGAGCCCCCGGGACCAUGAGUGGGGGCAAGAAGAAGAGUAGUUUCCAAAUCACCAGCGUGACCACGGACUAUGAGGGCCCCGGGAGCCCUGGAGGUCCAGACUCCCCUGCCCUGCCAGGCCCUACCGGGCCCCCACCCCGCCUGCCCAACGGGGAGCCCAACCCAGAGCCAGGGGGCAAGAGCACCCCCCGGAAUGGCUCCCCACCGCCCGGGGCCCCUGCCUCCCGUUUCCGGGUGGUGAAGCUGCCACAGGGCCUGGGAGAGCCUUAUCGCCGUGGCCGCUGGACGUGUGUGGAUGUUUACGAGAGAGACCUGGAGCCCCCUGGCUUUGGCCGGGUCCUGGAGGGGAUUCGUGGGGCCUCAGGGGGUACUGGGGGCAGAUCUUUGGAUUCCAGGUUGGAGCUGGCCAGCUUGGGCCUGGGUGCCCCUAUCCCACAGCCAGGCCUGUCUCAGGGUCCAACCUCCUGGCUUCUCCCUCCUCCCAGCUCCCCUGGACUUCAGGCCCGCUCCUUCACUGGGGGGCUGGGCCAGCUGGCAGUGCCUGGCAAGGCCAAGGUGGAAACACCCCCUUUGUCAGCUUCCCCACCCCAGCAGCGCCCCCCAGAGCCUGGGGCUGGAGAUAGCGUGGGCACAUCCCGGGCUGCCACGCCCCUGUCCUCGCUGAGGGUGGAAGUGGAGGCCAGGGGCUCCACAGCUGGAACUCCUCCACUGUCCCGGACUAAGGAUGGAGCCCUGCGACUGAGGAUGGAGUUGGUUGCUCCAGAGGAGAUGGGGCAGGUACCCCCCCACGACUCUCGCCCCAGCUCCCCGGCCCUCUACUUCUUCCCUGAUGCCAGUCUGGUCCACAAGUCUCCAGACCCCUUUGGAGCAGCAGCAGCCCAGAGCCUCAGCCUGGCCCGAUCCAUGCUGGCCAUCAGUGGCCACCUGGACAGCGACGAUGAUAGGGUCUUCAAAAAGUCUCUGCUCCUAUUCCCAGUGUCCCACCUCCAGCGUCACCUUCCCACCUCUCCUCAAGCCCUCACUCCUUCAAGACUCCAGACCCCAGACUCAGGACCAGAGGCUGUACUUGUCUUUAAGGGCUCUGGACUCUGUUCCAUUGCCAUGGUAACCUUUCCCAUUCCUCCUGGUCCUCACCAUGGGAGGUGGGGUUUCCUCUGGGCAGGCACCAGGUUUGCCUGUCCCCAGGACCUGGUGAAGUCCCACCUCAUGUUUGCGGUCCGGGAGGAGGUGGAGGUGCUGAAGGAGCAGAUCCGGGACCUGGCUGAGCGGAAUGCCGCACUGGAGCAAGAGAAUGGACUGCUGCGUGCCCUGGCCAGCCCUGAGCAGCUGGCCCAGCUGCCGUCCUCAGGGGUCCCUCGGCUUGGGCCCCCUGCGCCCAAUGGGCCCUCCAUCUGAGCCUCCUUUCCCUCACAAUGUGCCUUUGGGGGCUGCCACAGCUGCCUGCCCCCUCUUCCUAUGCAGCUUUAAUUCCCCCUGAUCCCUAGGGAUGGGAGUUAAAGGCUCAGAAUUGGCCUGUCCCCCGAUCCUUCCUCCAUCUCCCCAUAGUGCCCAGGGACUCGGCUGGGGCAUCCCCAGGCCUUGAUGGAGGAGAGAAGGCUGCAGGACAGGGUGUUAGAUGGAGCUCCCUGCUCCCUCCCUAGGUGUCAGUGUUCUGGGACCCCCAGCAGUAGAUGGCUUGAGGGAGUUGGAGGCUUCCUGGCAGACACCCCAUCCUCACCUUAUUCCCUUGAAGUGCCCCCUCUUCUUUGCCCAGGGGAGGGAUUAUGGACAGUAUCUGGAAGUUCUGGGGUUCAGGUUGUUAUUAAAAUAAUAAUUAUAAUUAAAAAAUCCAAAGAAACUUGAAUCUGGAAA